UUUGAAGGUUGAAAGGAAAACCAGUGACAAGAAAUGUUCAGAUUCUUCCUUCAGGUGCACAUUCUGAUUAUUGCCUAUUUGGUUCCUUAAUCUGUUGGUCACUGUGCCCGAUUUAUCACUGUAUUCAGUUCCUUCUUAUCUUAAAACUUCCUUGAACCCACCCAUAAUCUUAAUUUCCUACCUCUAUUUAUCUAUUCCUUCCUCUCCCCGGCCUAGCCACAAAAAAGCUUUUAUCUAGGUCAUUUUUGGAAGAUUUUUCACUCAGCGCACUGCGAGUGGCAGGCGAAGUUGGCGAUAUUCUUGUUUUCUGGGAUCCACACCUGAAUACGCAUACAUCUUUCCUACCUAAAGGACCAUCGGUUGGGAUGAUUUAAUCACAUCAAAGCGUGUGAAGGUGUCUUGGAAAACUAAUGCUUAAUGCGGCACCAUCACUAAACAUGAGAAAACUGGGGGGCCUCCGAGGUUAGCAGACUUGCUCAAUAUCACAUAGCUAGUUAAAGGUUGAAUUCUGCUGGUUCCCCAAGCUCGUGAUUGAGGUAAACGUUCCCGGUCACCACAGGUAGUUCCCGGCGAAAACCAAACCGCGCCAAAUCUCGCGCCGCCAGGGCUCGAAGGCGGCGGGGAGCACGAAAUACCGCGAGAUAACACCGUUUUCCCGCGAAGGAGAAGCGCGCGUUUUUCCCUGGCUGGAGGUCUGGCGAGAAGGGUCGGGUCGCCUACGGCUGUGAGGAGUUAGCGCGCGGCAUUGCAGGUGCUGAGGGUAGGAGUCCGGUCCCCGGGUGCGUAUCCAGCCAUGCCAGCGGAGCCUCCCGCGAGUAGCGGCGGGUCCUUAGCUCCUGAUAUGGUUGAGCAUCCGGAGACUGCCGUGAUUACCCCAGCCAUGCUAGAAGAGGAAGAACAGCUUGAGGCUGCUGGACUUGAGAAAGAGAGGAAGAUGCUAGAAAAGGCUCGCAUGUCUUGGGAUAGGGAGUCCACAGAAAUUCGGUACCGGAGACUUCAACAUUUGCUUGAAAAAAGCAAUAUCUAUUCCAAAUUUUUAUUGACUAAAAUGGAACAGCAACAAUUAGAGGAACAGAAGAAGAAAGAGAAAUUGGAGAGAAAAAAGGAAUCUUUAAAAGUUACAAAGGCUAAAAAUUCAGUUGAGGCAAGUGAAGAGAAUCCAGUUGUGAGAAAGAAAAGAGGAAGAGAGGAUGAAUCAUACAAUAUUUCAGAGAUCAUGUCAAAAGAGGAAAUUUUGUCUGUGGCUAAAAAAAGUAGAAAAGUGAAUGAGGAUGAAAACUCCUCUUCUAAUCUCUGUGUAGAAGAUCUUCAGAAAAAUAAAGAUUCAAAUAGUAUAAUUAAAGAUAGAUUGUCUCAGACUGUUAGGCAGAAUACUAAAUUCUUUUUUGACCCAGUUCGGAAAUGUAAUGGACAGGCAGUACCCUUUCAACAACCAAAGCACUUCACGGGAGGAGUAAUGCGAUGGUACCAAGUAGAAGGCAUGGAAUGGCUUAGGAUGCUUUGGGAAAAUGGUAUUAAUGGCAUUUUAGCAGAUGAAAUGGGAUUGGGAAAGACAGUUCAGUGUAUUGCUACAAUUGCGUUAAUGAUUCAGAGAGGAGUACCUGGACCUUUUCUCGUCUGUGGCCCUUUGUCUACACUUCCUAACUGGAUGGCUGAAUUCAAAAGAUUUACACCAGAAAUUCCUACAAUGCUAUAUCAUGGAACCCAGCAGGAACGUCGAAAAUUGGUAAAGAAUAUUCACAAACGGAAAGGGACACUGCAGAUUCAUCCCGUGGUAGUCACUUCAUUUGAAAUAGCUAUGAGAGACCGAAAUGCAUUACAGCAUUGCUAUUGGAAAUACUUAAUAGUAGAUGAAGGACACAGGAUUAAGAACAUGAAGUGCCGUCUUAUCAGGGAAUUAAAACGAUUCAAUGCUGAUAACAAACUUCUUUUGACUGGUACUCCCUUGCAAAACAAUUUAUCAGAACUUUGGUCAUUGCUAAACUUUUUGUUGCCAGAUGUAUUUGAUGAUUUGAAAAGCUUUGAAUCUUGGUUUGACAUCACUAGUCUUUCCGAAACUGCCGAGGAUAUUAUUGCUAAAGAAAGAGAACAGAACGUUUUGCAUAUGCUGCACCAGAUUCUCACACCUUUCUUACUGAGAAGACUGAAAUCUGAUGUUGCUCUUGAAGUUCCUCCUAAACGAGAAGUAGUGGUUUAUGCACCACUUUCAAAGAAACAAGAAAUUUUUUAUACAGCCAUUGUGAACCGUACAAUUGCAAACAUGUUUGGAUCCAGUGAGAAAGAAACAGUUGAACUAGGUCCUACUGGACGACCAAAACGGCGAACUAGAAAAUUAAUAAAUUACAGCCAAACAGAUGAUUUCCCUAAUGAGUUGGAAAAAUUGAUCAGUCAAAUUCAGCCAGAGGUGGACCGAGAAAGAGCUGUUGUGGAAGUGAAUAUCCCCAUAGAAUCUGAAGUUAAUCUGAAGCUGCAGAAUAUAAUGAUGCUGCUUCGUAAAUGCUGUAACCAUCCAUAUUUGAUUGAAUACCCUAUAGAUCCUGUCACACAAGAGUUUAAGGUUGAUGAAGAACUGGUAACAAAUUCUGGGAAAUUCUUAAUUUUGGAUCGGAUGCUGCCAGAACUAAAAAACAGAGGCCACAAGGUACUGCUUUUUUCACAAAUGACGAGGAUGUUGGACAUUUUGAUGGAUUACUGCCAUCUUAGAAAUUUCAACUUUAGCAGGCUUGAUGGAUCCAUGUCUUAUUCAGAGAGAGAAAAAAACAUGCACAACUUCAACACAGAUCUGGAAGUAUUUAUCUUCUUAGUGAGUACACGAGCUGGUGGUCUGGGCAUUAACUUGACUGCAGCAGACACAGUUAUCAUUUAUGAUAGUGAUUGGAAUCCCCAGUCUGAUCUUCAGGCCCAGGAUAGAUGUCAUAGAAUUGGUCAAACAAAGCCAGUUGUUGUAUAUCGCCUUGUUACAGCAAAUACUAUCGAUCAGAAAAUUGUGGAAAGAGCAGCUGCUAAAAGAAAAUUGGAAAAGUUGAUCAUCCACAAAAAUCAUUUCAAAGGUGGUAAAUCUGGAUUAAGUCCAUCCAAGACCUUCUUAGAUCCUAAGGAAUUAAUGGAAUUACUGAAAUCGAGAGAUUAUGAAAGGGAAGUAAAAGGAUCAAGAGAGAAAGUCAUUAGUGAUAAAGAUCUAGAGUUGUUGCUGGAUCGAAGUGACCUCAUUGAUCAAAUGAAUGCCUCAAGACAAGUUAAAGAGAAGAUGGGGAUUUUCAAGAUAUUAGAAAAUUCUGAAGAUUCCAGUCCUGAAUGCUUGUUUUAAAUUGGAGCUAAAGAAUGACUUUUAAAAGUUCUUGUUUACAUCUAGUGAUUUACCUAUAUUGGUUUCGAAAUCCAGAUUGACCACUUUACUUUUUUUUAUUACUUUUAUCAGUUUAUAUAAUGUAACUAGCACCAUUGCAUACUUAAUAGAUGGUAUUUUUCUGAGCCUUAUUAAGAACAAAUAAGUAUUCAUAUUAAGUUUAGAUUUCCAGCUAAUUUUUGAGACUCGGUAGUACUCUUGGGUACAGGCUGAUGUACUUAACCCACUGCCAGGUUUAUACAGUCUUCCUGUGGAAGUUUAGUAAAUGUUUUCCCCCCUUUCUUUUAGCAGGACAGUUCAUGGGUUUUUGGUACUUCAGUUAUGGAGUAGGCUUUUGAUGGGGGAGAUUGGGAUUAUGCUUUAUGUUGUUUAAAUAAGGAAUUGUGUGAUUUUAGAGUCUAUUUCUAUAAGAUAGUUUACCAAAUAAAUGUUCAUUAUAAAGUGAGCUCAUCAGAUUAUUUUUUCAGAAAAGUAAAAUUCAGUUGAAAUGAUGGUACCAAAACUUUGGCGAAGAGAUUCAACAUUAUUAUGCUGAUUUGGUUGGUGUAUUUCACUACUGUUCUAAGUAUAUGCCUGUUCUAGUUUGUUAAUGCUGCCUGAAUGCAAUACACCAGAGGUGGAUUGGCUUUUAUAAAAGGGUGUUUAUUUGGUUACACAGUUAGUCUUAAGGCCAUAAAAUGUCC